GGAAAUGGUGCUAGUUCUUCCUUUCCAGACACCAUCUUCAGGUCGUUUUAUUUUAAAUCGGUAAGGGGACAUGAAUCGAUUCAGCUUGCGGCGGGCCAAAGUUGACGAGCGCAGGACCAUUCCCGGGCGUGGAUGGAUGGAUGAGAUGGAUGUGCCCAAAAUUGUCGAUACGCCCUGGAAAUGGAGGAAAUUUCCGGAAAUGCGAAAUUAGCGCUGGGGGAAUGCUGUCCAUUCGAAAUGAGUAACGAAGCAGUGCCGUGCACUAAUAGCCUCAACCGCGCCCUCUCCCACCCACCUUUUAGAACACGAUGAAGCACAUUUUCAAGGACGACGUUAUCAACGUUCCCGAGGGCGUUACUGUCGAGGUCAAGGCCCGCCAGGUCCGCGUUACCGGUCCCCGCGGCACUCUGCAGCGUGACCUGCGCCACAUCAACAUGGACGUGCAGCGCCCGACCCGCGACACCAUCCGCGUCAUUGGCUUCGAGUACAAGAUGCGCUUUGUCUAUGCCCAUUUCCCCAUCAGCGUUAACAUCGAGAAGAAGGAGAACCUGAUCGAGAUCCGUAACUUCCUGGGCGAGAAGCACGUGCGCAAGGUCCCCAUGCUCGAGGGCGUCGAGGUCGUUCAGUCCAUCAACGUCAAGGACGAGAUCGUCCUCACCGGUAACGAUAUUGACAACGUCUCGCAGUCGGCCGCCUCCAUCCAGCAGGCCACCCGCGUCCGCAACAAGGAUAUCCGUAAGUUCCUUGACGGGGCAAACAUUGUCAAGGAGGAGUAAACUCUUUCAGUAGUAAUUUGCUCUUUGCUUUGAAGUCUUCCCUCGUGCAAAAAAUCAUGAGGGGGCCACUCCAUGGGCUCUCUUUACC